AUGUGAUGGAACGAGAAUGUUAAAACUGCUGGAAAUAGCAAAGCUACUGAUGAUGAUGAUGAUGAUAGUUUUUGUAGCGUUACUUGAUGAUGAUGUUUAUACGAAAUAUGCUGAUAUUACCUUUGUCAAUGUUUUUUUUUUUUUAAACAUUUGUUUUGAAGUGAUAAUUCAAAUGUAAUACUGUAUAUUUAUUAGGCGCGGAGCAUCUUGAAGAAAUAAUUAUUUCCUUUUGGCAGUAUUAUCUGACUGUUGCACUGAGGCACCAGCCCCCUUGGCUCCGCCCUUGAACCGGGCCUGAUGUAUAAUCGAAAAUUCAUGCGCCUAAAUAAUAGUGAUCAUUUAUACAGUGCUUUCAAUUAUACUAGAUCUAGUAACUGUGGACGCGGUUAAAACAACAACAACAAAAAACACACAAACAAAUGGUCAAACAAACAGAACAUAAGCAUUAUCAGACAAGGAAAACCUCCAGUGCAGUAUACAUGUUGUACAUACAUGUACGUAUUUUACAAUCAUUCCGCAAUUUCCUGUGUCUAUUUUUAGAAACACGCUAAAUAUUGGAAAACCAAAGUUUACUCACCGCUUAUCUGCUUAUUUAUGAUAAAGGAAUAGAUAUUAAAACUAGUUUACAAAAAAGCUCAAAAUAGGACAUUUCGAUAGCACAUGUUCAAUUUAAAAGCGACUAGGAUAAAAUGUUGUUAAACCAUUACCGAACUCUAAUAUAAAUUGUAUAUGUAUCGCCUCAGUGAUCGUGAAUCUAUGUAGAUCUAUCUACCAGUUAUACUACAAACAUACAUGUACUUGGAUUUGUCUGAAAUACAUUCUAACUAUUCGGAUGGAAUCAAAACAUUUUAUGUAUAAAUGCGUCAAUAUCAUUAUGUUUUCUACAAGCUAAAAUAAGAUUUAAUGUACCUGAUUAUGUGACCUGAUCAGCGAAUGUAUAUAUUCUAUGGCGGCAAAGAGGCUACUAUAUUUAGCAAGAGGGAAUAUUUGCACAUGUAUGAUGGCGUCUAUAUGAAAGAAACAUUGCAAUGGCUUUAGCACCGACGAUUCGGGAUCAAGGUUUUCAGAACUGGCUAAAAAGUGCUCUUGCCCUCGUCUUCGCGAAACAAGGUUUGGAAGAAUUUGUCACUGUCGAAUUAACAGAGUUUCAAAAAGACUUACUUACAUCGAUAUGCAAAAAACAGGCAAUUUCUCCCGAUACAGUUUGUAACUUAUGUACAACUGAAAAUAUUCUUUCAUGUCCUACAGCCAACUUCUGUCCAGGACGACGAAAAUGCGACUUACACGACCUUGUUCUGCCGAACAAAACCCCUAGAAAUACGUGUCCAAAGACGAUAUGUCACCAUCUCCGUGACGGUAUCCGGCGACAGCAUUGGUAUAACAAUCCUUCCUGGAAAAAUACGGACGCAACAGGAUGGUGUGAUGAUUCGUUUCAAAUUGCUAAAUGUUACAUGCCCCCGGACGGUUAUUCCUCAGUACAUACAUUUGCAGAUACGGACUUCAAUGGAAUGAUUUCUAUAAUCAUCAACAACAGACACUUUGUGGAAAAAUUCGACGCAAAACUAGACGAAAAAAUCAAUGUAUGCUCAGAGGCACGAGAUGUUGGUCGUUCUGUUCGACAUGCUUCAGACAUGUCAAUCUCUGUUGAGGAUUUGUCAAAAACCAUUGAAAUCCUGACUGAUCUCCUAUCCGAUGCAAGAUACCUAGCAAAUGAUACAAAGGCAAAACAGGCCGUGGAAAAAUUGAAACAGCUGGAAGCAAACACUUUAACAAUAAGUACCUCAGACAUUACUACAAUACUAGAUGAGGAAUUUAAAGUACUUGUUGCAAGGCAACAAGAAAAUGCUUUAAAGGCAAUUAGCACAGAGAGAGAAGAAGUCCAGAAAAAGAUGUUAGAUGAUGUAAAGAGUGCAUUUGCCAACAUGCAGACAGUAACACUUCAUCAUUUAGAUCAAAUUGUUGCUACGAAAAUGAGCGAAAUUCAACAAGUUGCCGAAAAGGAAAAGAAGGAACUUACAGAGAUUAGCGCGAAAGGAAAGCAACAAAUUGAAGAAGAAAUUCGCAAAGGAAAGGGUGUAGCUCUAUCCGAAGAAGGAACAGAAACAACCACGAAGCAGCGUGAACUGGAGAAAUAUUUAAGAGAUGACCUCGUCAAUUUCUACAGAAAAUAUCAUAGUACUAUUCCUGUGUCUCCUUUAGUAGAAGAACAUGAUGUUCCACUUCUCGACUUCUACGUACAACCUCCACUGUCUUCAGUUGACAUACAGAAGAAAUUUGGACGAAUUCAGGAAUCUCGUACCAGGAAGCAAGUACAUAAUUUGAACGAUAUAUUCCUGAAACCUGAUGGAAAAAUAUACAAGGACAUCUACAUCACAGCCAAAGCAGGAGUUGGAAAAACAUCGUUUGUGAAUAGAAUUUGCAUGGUGUGGUGCCAAGCACACUGCCCUCAGAAAGAGUUGGAAAACAAGUUCAAACCAGAAGAGGUUACCGUAAUGAAAUCAUUUACGUGUCUGUUUAUGAUUACUUUAAGGGACAUUGACACAUCAUUGUGUAAUGUUGAUGAUAUGAUUUUCAAUCAAAUUAUUAGAAACCUGUCAAGAUUUCGAAGAUAUAACGAAAUAUUUAUAGAAGAUAUACUGCAAGAAAAGGAUUGUUUAAUUAUACUAGAUGGACUUGAUGAAUGGGCCCACCCUGAAAGCUGCACGUAUGGCCGUAGAAGUGAACAUGGCUUACCACAUAGACCUGCGCGGGAAAAUUGUACAAUCAUGACAACAACACGGCCAUGGAAACUAGAUGUUCUUAUGUUGAGUACAAAUCAGAUCGACAGACAUGUAGAGAUUAUUGAGUUGGAUCAGUCUUCUUCGAAACAGCUGAUAUCAAAUGCAGUGGCUUUACUAAAUAAGCGAAGCUUAUCCAGAGACCUUAAAACCGUUGAAGGGUUUCAAGCGACUGUGUCAUCAACAAUGCUUGACUCUGUGCGAUAUAUACCAUAUAUUCUUCUGCAAAUGGUAUGUCUUUGGUUCGACGGUGAAUCUAUCGGAAAAUCGAAGUGUGAAAUAUAUAGCAAUAUACUUGAAUUAACUCUUUCAAGAGGGCUCAUGAAAUUAGGCAAACAACAGUGGAACUCCAGGAGUAGAACCGCCCUGGAUUAUGAAAAGUAUCCUGCAUGUGUCCUUUCUAAUGAGCUUUGCCGAGAACAUUACGAUUUGAUACUCAACUUGGGCCAAAUUGCUUUUGAAACAUUAUUUUGUUUGCAAAAGGAAUCGACCAUUGUUUUUGAUGUUAGCAAGGUACUUGAAAGAAUUCCGGAGUAUUCUCUUCGGUUCUGCCUGCAACUCGGCCUUUUGACUCCGAACAAAGAUUGUCAUCAGGUAGCGAGUAGGCGCAGGACCUUUUCAUUCCAACACAAAUCUGUCCAGGAAUACAUGGCUGCAUUGUACAUAGAAUCAGACCCUGACUGCCACGCUGUAAAAGACAGGCUUUUAAGCGUUUGUUCUUCAUUAUCAGCUAUAUUAGAAAUGUCGAAUACCUUUGUUUUUCUAGGUGGAUUAAGUUCAUCAGCAUGUGGGAAAGCUUUAGGGCUGCUAAAAGAGAAAGUGUCGAAUGACGAUUCAAUCCUCUUUUAUCGAGAAAAUUUGCUGAUUAAAGAAUACGGUUUAACUGAGUUUUGGAGGCUGAAAGAGGCAAUUAGAGCUUUUCAGUACAUGCAAUCAGACAUUGCACAAGAAAUUAAAAGCUCUGGACAAAUGGACUUUCCUUUGUGUGUCGAGGAUAUCAUUGUUGACAGUACUACUGAUAGGGCGUCUUACCCUUCACUUGAAAUUCUCAUAGAUAAGAAUAAGGACAAUAUCAGGUCAUUGUAUGUACGAGAUGUUCAAUGUACAGAUGAUUUUACGGAUAUUCUUGAAGCAACAGGACUGCUUAAAUUACAUACUCUUCAAAAGUUAGUAAUCAUCGCUGUCCCUAGGCCAGAAGAUAUCCUCAGGCUUAUGUCAAACUCAGUUGGGACUUUAGAAUGCAUACGUCUGUCUUUCGUGGAAUUUCGAGAUAAUUUGUAUUACCCAAAGGUCACGACACUGUCUCCAAAUAUUGUACGUACAAUAUCUAACAUAGACCAUUUACGGGCACUUAUGUUAAGCAAUGUUUGCCUGACACACGCUGACGUCAAAGGCUUAUUCAAAACGCUGAGCGAAAGAACACAUAUGGCAGAGAUCGGAUUGUAUAACGUUCAGUGUAGUAACCAUAAUGCUGAGUGUGGCGGCGAACUACUAGACCUGUCUCAACACCAUAAUCUCAAGACUCUUAACCUUGAUAGGAUACCAGUUGCAGAUAUCCGCGUCAAUGCAUUAUCACUGAACGAAUGCCUGAUAGGCGAGGAUACGUCUUCUGUUUUUCCAUCGUGGUUUGGCGAUCUUAAGAAUGCAGCAAACCUUCACUCGUUAUGGUUUCGCCGAAUGACCCCACCUUUGUUGGACAUGCUCAUGGUGACACUACCACAAUUAGUACAGUUGAAAAAGUUUGGUAUCGAAAUUACAGAUCUUGGAGAUAGGUCUUUGAGUCUCAUGUCUGGUAUAAAUAUUGACUCAGUGUACCUGUAUAAGGUAGCCAUGUCAUCAAUGACCCUCAAACGAUUGGCCGAGAGUGCAGCGGCACUAUCGCAUCCUGUAAAGAUAACACUCGAAUGGUGUAAGGUGACACCUAUUAUGGAGUACUAUCAAAUUAAAGACUACAUCAGGGAAUCUCCAAAUUAUAUUGUAAGAUUAGAUGGAGUGAAUUUUCGACACCUUGAUCAGUUUGAAUUCGAGACUGUUGCAAAUAAACCAUGAGAAAAAGUUUUGCCCGGGGAUGCAGAAACUGUCAAAAACGUAGCAGAAUUGUGCAUUAUACGUACAAAGGAAAUCAAACAAAAUACAUAAUGGACAUUAAUAAAUUUUGUUUGUUUCUUUGUAGGAUCAAAUUAUCUUUCAAUGAGUGAACAUCAGACGGUAUACAUGUACUUUCGCUUAUUGCGCAACCACGAAUGAAAAUUAACAAUUUGGAGUUCAGGAAUGAAAGAUAUUUCAAUCUUGUAUGUUAUCUUUAUUUCAUUUUAUGAUAGUUUUUAACUCGUCUCUACGAGGUAUGGUCGUCACUUGAUCGUCGGUGUUGGUUAAAGUUUUUGUUUAGGUCCACCUUUACUCAAUCAGUGUAAAAGCUUCAGCUUUGAAACUUUGCUCACUUGUUUACCAUCAAUAAGGGACUAUGUAGGCCAAGACCCAUUACUCUGAUAUGCAUUUUUAGCCCACCAUCAUCAGAUGGUGGGCUAUUAAAAUCACUCUGCGUCCGUGGUCCGUCCGUCCGUCAUUCCGUCCGUCCGUCAUUCCGUCCGUCCGUCCGUCCGUCCGUCAGUCCGUCCGUCCGUCCGUUAACAAUUUCUCGUUAUCGCAUCUCCUCAGAAACUACUGGGGGGAUUUUGACCAAACUUUGUCAGAAUGAUGUAUUGAUACCCUAGUUGUGUCCCCCUGAAAAUUAGACUGGUUCAACAAUUUAUGAGUGAGUUAUGGCCCUUUGUUUAUUUCUAUAAUUUACAUAGAUUUAUAUAGGGAAAAACUUUGAAAACCUUCUUGUCCAAAACCACAGGGCCUAGGGCUUUGAUAUUUGGUAUGAAGCAUCAUCUAGUGGUCCUCUACCAAGAUGAUUCAAAUUAUUUCUCUGGGGUCAAAUAUGGCCCCGCCCUGGGGGUCACAUGGUUUAUAUAGACUUAUAUAGGGAAAAACUUUGAAAAACCUCUUGUCCAAAACCACAGGGCCUAGGGCUCUGAUAUUUUGUAUGUGACAUCAUCUAGUGGUCUUCGACUAAGAUUGUUCAAAUUAUACCCCUAGGGUCAAAUAUGGCCCCGCCCAGGGGGUCAUAUGGUUUACAUAGAUUUAUAUAGGGAAAAACUUUGAAAAUCUUCUUGUCCAAACCAAAAAGCCUAGGGCUUUGAUAUUUGUAAUGUAGCAUCACCUAGUGGUUCUCUACCAAGUUUGUUCAAAUUAUCCCCCUAGGGUAAAAUAUGGCCCCGCCCCGGGGGUCACAUGCUUCAUAUAGACUUAUAUAGGGAAAAGCUUUUAAAGUCUUCUUGUCAAUAACCUACAACAUUCAAACUUGGAUCACAUGUAUAUUUUUGAGUGGCAGAUGAACCUUGACAUGAGUUGACCUUGAUUUUGACCUAGUGACCUACUUUCACAUUUCUGUAGCUACAGCCUUCAAAUUUGGACCACAUGCAUAGUUUUGUGCACCGGAAAAAACUUUGACCUUGAUUUUGACCUAGUGACCUACUUUCACAUUUUUGAAGGUACAGUCUUCAAAUUUGGACCACAUGUAUAAUUUUGGUUUCGAAAUGAAAUUUGACCUUGAUUUUGACCUAGUGAUCUACUUCCACAUUUUCUCAAGCUAUACAGCCUUCAGAUUUGAACCACAUGCAUAGUUUUGUGCACCAGAAAACACUUUGACCUUGACAUUGACCAAGUGACCUACUUUCACAUUUUUUGUAGGUACAGGCUUCAAACUUGGACCACAUGCAAAGUUUCGUGUUCGGAAAUGAAAUUUAACCUUGAUUUUGACCUAGUGACCUACUUCCACAUUUCUCAAGCUACAGCCUUCAAAUUUUGACCACAUGCAUAGUUUUGUGUAUCGAAAAAACUUUGACCUUGACAUUGACCUAGUGACCAACUUUCUUAUUUUUGAAGGUACAGGCUUCAAAUUUGGACCACAUGCAUUGUUUUGUGUUCCGAAAUGAAAUUUGACCUUGAUUUUGACCCAGUGACCUACUUUCACAUUUCUCAAGCUACAGCCUUCAAAUUAGACCACAUGCAUGGUUUUAUGUACCGAAACAAACUUUGACCUUUACAUUGACCUAGUGACCUACUUUCACAUUUUUGAAGGUACAAGCUUCAAAUUUGGACCACAUGCAUAGUUCUGUAUUCUGAAAUAAAAUUUGACCUUGAUUUUGACCUAGUGACCUACUUUCACAUUUCUCAAGCUACAGCCUUCAAAUUUGGACCACGUGCAUAGUUUUGUGUACCGAAAUGAACUUUGACCUUAAGAUUGACCUAGUGACCUACUUUCACAUUUCUGUAGCUACAGGCUUCAAAUUUAGACCACAUGCAUAGGAUUGUGUACCGAAACAGACUUUGACCUUGACAUUGACCUAGUGACCUACUUUCACAUUUUUGAAGGUACAGGCUUCAAAUUUGCACCACUUGCAUAGUUUUGUGUACCAAAUUAAACUUUGACCCUAAGAUUGACCUAGUGACCUACUUUCAAAUUUCUCAAACUACAGCCUUCAAACUUGAUGCACAUGCAUAGUUUUGUGUACAAAGAACUUUGACCUUGAAGUUGAUCUAGUGACCUACUUUCACAUUUCUCAAGCUACAGCUUUCGAAUUUGAACCACAUGCACAGUGUUGUGUAUGGAAAUGAAAUUUGACCUUGAGCUUGUCAGUAAGUCUUAAAAUUUGGAACACUCAAAAAUGGCACAUUGGUGGGCGCCAAGAUCACUCUGUGAUCUCUUGUCUUAGAACUAUAGCAUUUUUUUUAUUUAGGAAAUUGAAUUUCUUGGUUAA